GGAGGCGCGCGAGAUGCUCGAGAAUCCUUCUCGGUCCUCUUCACACGCUCCAGCCCCGCCUCACUACGCCAACGCUGCCUGCCUGGUCCAUCCGCAUCUGUCACAACUGUCUGCAGCUGCUUGAGCUCCGUGGCAUGCCCUCAGUUAUACCGGGAUUUAGGUGGAGGUUUUCACGAGAAAGAGAGCUAUGUCGGAGGUACGGAAAUUUACCAAAAGGUUGAGUAAACCAGGAACGGCAGCGGAACUCAGGCAAAGCGUCUCCGAGGCUGUGAGGACAUCGGUGAUUGUGGAGCAGCCUAAGAUCAUUGAGCCGUUGGACUAUGAGAACGUGGUGUUUCAGAGGAAAGCCCAGAUCCACAGUGACCCUCACAGAGACCUGCUGCAGUGUCCUGUCGACGACAUCUCGGAGUCUCAGAUCUCUCGUCAGAGGAGGACCGUGGUUCCCUCCGUGCCCCAGAAUGCAGAGAGGGACGCCAAGAGCCUGUUUGCCAAAGAGUGCAUCAAGACUUACAACACGGACUGGCAUGUCAUCAACUACAAGUAUGAAGCGUACUCGGGAGAUUUCCGCAUGCUCCCAACUAAAGGCCUGAAGAUGGACAAGCUGCCGGCUCACGUGUUUGAGAUCGAUGAAGACGCUAAAGAUGAGGACUCGUCAUCUCUGUGCUCUCAGAGAGGGGGUAUCAUGAAGCAGGGCUGGCUGCAGAAAGCCAACAUCAACAGCAGCCUGUCUGUCUCCAUGAGGGUGUUUAAGAGGAGGUAUUUCUACCUGUCCCAGCUGCCAGACGGCUCCUACAUCCUCAACUCCUACAAGGAUGAGAAGAACUGCAAGGACACCAAAGGAUCCAUCUACCUGGACUCCUGUAUAGACGUCAUUCAGUGUCCUAAGAUGCGCCGGAACGGCUUUGAGCUGAAGAUGCAGGAGCGCUACAGCCAUUUCCUGUCUGCGGACAGCGAGGCAGAGAUGGAGGAGUGGGUGGUCACCCUGAAACAGGCCCUGCAGAGCAGCACUGAGGGAGGAGACAGGAGGAAUGGAGGAGACAGCCUAGACUGUGCCCUGGAUGAGGACAGCAGCAGCCAGGGGAAAGGAGAGAGCCUAUUGGAGAGUCUGGGGAGGAGCCUUCACCCUGAACUCAUCAAGUAUGCCAGGGAAACAGACCAGCUCAAUAAAAUGAACAGGAACGAGGGGAGACAAAAGCUUUUCUCCCUGGACCCUGAAACACAGAGGUUGGACUUCUCGGGUAUAGAGCCUGAUGUGAAGCCGUUUGAGGAGCGUUUUGGCCGGCGCAUCGCCGUCAGCUGCCAUGACCUCACCUUCAGCCUGCAGGGCUGUGCCAACGAGAGGGGGGACGGGGUCCUCACCAACGUGGAGCCGUUCUUCAUCAGCUUGGCCCUGUUUGACGUGUCUAAGAGCUGUAAGAUCUCUUCUGACUUCCACGUGGACCUCAACCCUCCCUGUGUACGAGAGAUGCUGACCGACACCUCUCCACUCUCCCCUACAUCAGAGGGAGGAGGAGGAGGAGGAGGAGGAGGAGGAGGAGGGGUGAAUGGAGGAGUGAACGGGGAUGCAGGGAAAGGGAAUGGUCUUCCCGUUCUACAAAGGGUGGCUGAGUCUCUGCUGCAAUACCCCACUCAGGGUAUCUUCUCAGUGACCAACCCCCAUGCUGAUAUUUUCCUGGUGGCCAGAGUGGAGAAGGUCCUACAGAACGGCAUUACACACUGUGCUGAGCCCUACAUCAAGACUUCAGACAUCAACAAGACAGCCCAGAAGGUGCUGAAGGCUGCCAAGCAGACGUGUCAGCGCCUGGGCCAGUACAGGAUGCCCUUCGCCUGGGCUGCCAAGCAAGUGUUUAAAGAUGCCCAGGGCAGUCUGGACAUGGACGGGAAGUUCUCUCCUCUCUAUCGCCAGGACAGCAGCAAGAUCUCCACCGAUGACCUCAUCAAGAUGCUGGCUGAUAUCAGGAAGCCAGAGAAGAGCAAGCUGCAGACUAUCCCUGGACAGCUGAAUGUCACCAUCGAGUGUGUGCCUCCGGACUUCUCAAACACGGUGACCUCGUCGUACAUCCCAGUCAAGCCCUUUGAGGAGAAGUGUGAGAGGGUCUCAGUGGAGAUGGAGGAGUUCCUCCCUGAGGAGGCCAAGUACAACUACCCCUUCACUGUCUACAAGAACCACCUGUAUGUCUAUCCCCUGCAGCUGAAGUACGACAACCAGAAGACCUUCGCAAAGGCAAGAAACGUAGCGGUGUGUGUACAGUUCAGAGACUCUGACGAAGAAGGCGCGGCCCCUCUAAAGUGUAUCUACGGAAAGCCAGGAGAGACACUCUUCACCACCAGUGCCUGUGCGGCCGUCCUCCACCACAACCAGAGCCCUGAGUUUUACAACGAGGUAAAGAUUGAGCUGCCGGUCCAUGUCCAUGAGAAACACCACAUCCUCUUUACCUUCUACCACAUCAGCUGUGAGAUCAGUACCAAGACCAGCACCAAGAAGAGAGAGGGAGUGGAGUCCCUGGUGGGCUACUCCUGGGCCCCCCUGUUGAAGGACGGCAGGAUGCAGUCUAUCGAGCUACAGCUGCCCGUGUCUGCCACCCUGCCCCCUGGAUACCUCUAUGACAAGACCCAGGAUGCCAAGAAGUCAGCACCCGAUAUAAAAUGGGUAGAAAACAACAAGCCACUGUUCAAAGCGAAGACCAAUGUAGCGUCAACAAUAUACCCCCAGGAUCUGCACCUCCACAAGUUCUUCCAGCACUGCCAGCUGAUGAGGUCCUCCUCAGAGGGCAACACAGCAGAACUCAUCAAGUAUCUGAAGUGCCUGCAUGCCAUGGAGACUAAGGUCAUUAUUAAGUUCCUCCCCACUGUGCUGAUGCAGCUGUUUGAGGUCCUCAACACAGCAACCAAAGAGGCCACCGAAAUCGCUGUCAACUCCACCCGUGUGAUUAUACACAUCGUUUCCCGGUGCCACGAGGAGGGACUGGAAAACUACCUGCGCUCUUUCCUAAAGUAUGUGUUUGUGAACAACAGCCCAGUGGCUGGGAACUCUGGGACCACUCAUGAGGUACUGGCCACCGCCGUCACAGCCAUCCUCAAACAGACAGCGGACUUCAACACCAGCAACAAGCUGCUCAAGUAUUCCUGGUUCUUCUUCGAGACCAUGGCCAAGUCCAUGGUCCAGUACCUGCAGGAGGGCAACAGGAUCAAGAUGCCCCGUGCCCAGAGGUUUCCAGACAGUUUCCACCAGGCCCUACAGUCCCUACUACUGUCCAUCAUGCCUCACAUCACCAUCCGCCAUGUUGAGAUUCCAGAGGAGGCCCGUUGUGUCAACCUCAGCCUGGCUGGCUUCAUCAAGCGCUGUCUCACCUUCAUGAACAGAGGCUUUGGCUUCAGCCUGAUCAACGACUACAUGUGUGGCUUCACCCUUAAAGACCCCAAGGUCUUGACCGAGAUGAAGUUUGACUUCCUCAUGACGGUGUGUAACCACGAGCACUACAUCCCGCUUAACCUGCCCAUGGCUUUUGGACGCACCAAGCUGCAGAGAGUUCAGGAUUUUAUUUCGUACGCGACGGAGAUUUUUGGCGCAGUAGAUCAGAGCCUGGAGUCUGCGCUGACGGAGGAUUACUGUAAGAACCACUUCCUGGUUGGUCUGCUGCUGAGGGAGGUGGCCGAGGCCCUGCAGGGGUCACCAGAGGUCAGACAGCUGGCUGUGGCCGUCCUGAAGAACCUGCUCAUCAAACACGCCAUGGACGACCGUUACACCCAGUACAAGAAUCAGGCCCGAAUCUGUCUACUGUACCUGCCACUGCUGGAGCUGCUCUACCAGAACCUCAAACAGCUGUCUGCCCAGCAUCACACCUCCAGCCCUGGCCUGGGCUUCACCGGCUCCAGAGAUGACUUGAGAUCAACCGGCUUGAUGGACAGCCGCAGGACCAGCACGGCCAUCGAUAAAGACCACGGCCCAGUAGCUCAGAACGGCCACUUGGUGAGGAGGGAGGACUCCAGAGGAUCUCUGUUUAUGGACCCCAGCACUCCAGAUAGCUCUGAGCUCCACAGAAGGGGCUCUGAGCUCCACCGGCGGGGCUCCACUAUGAGCAGCAGUACUACUCUCCCUCCCAUAGGCAGACUGGGCCACUAUGAGAUCAAAGGACUGCUUCUGUGUUUCCUUCACAUCGUCAGGACCGUCUCAGACGACACCCUGCUGGCCUACUGGAACAAGGUCAACCCUCAGGACAUCAUCAACUUCCUCAGUCUACUGGAGACAUGCCUGGUGCAGUUCCGUUACGUUGGAAAGAGAAACAUUGGCAGGAGUCAGGAUGCCUGGGUGUCCAAGCUGUUCUCUUCAGACAGGAAGUCCCAGACCAUGCCUGUGAUGCGCUGCAGAGCCGGCCUAAUGCAGAGCAGGCUUCAGCAGUUCAGCACCAUGGAUACCUCUCUCACACUCAACAUAGGGACUGGUCCCUCGGAGGCAGAGGUCCACCACCAGGCUCUGUUGGAGGGUAAUAUUUCUACCGAGGCCUGCCUCAGUGUACUGGACGUCCUCUCACACUUCACUCAGUGCUUCAAGAACCAGCUGCUGGACAGCGACGGCCACAAUCCCCUGAUGAAGAAGGUUUUUGACAUCUAUCUGAACUUUCUGAAAGUCGGCCAAUCAGAGGCUGCCCUCAAACACGUCUUCGCCUCCCUCAGGGCUUUCAUGAACAAGUUCCCAGCGGCUUUGUUCAAGGGCCGCGUGACUCUGUGUGCGGCUCUGUGCUACGAGGUUCUGAAGUGCUGUGUGUCUAAGAUGGGUCUGCUGCGGGCUGAGGCCUCCGCUCUACUCUACCUGCUGAUGAGGAACAACUAUGAGUACACCAAGAGGAAGACCUUCCUACGCACUCACCUACAGAUCAUCAUCGCGGUGAGCCAGCUGAUCUCAGACGUGGCGCUGACUGGCAGCUCCCGCUUCCAGGAGUCCCUCUCCAUCAUCAACAACUUUGCCAACAGCGACAAAGCAAUGAAGUCGACAGCGUUCCCUGGGGAGGUGAAGGGACUGACCAAGCGUAUCCGGACGGUGCUGAUGGCCACGGCCCAGAUGAGGGAGCAUGAGAAGGACCCAGAGAUGCUGCUGGACCUGCAAUACAGCCUGGCACGCUCCUACGCCUCCACCCCCGAGCUACGACGCACCUGGCUGGACAGCAUGGCCCGGGCACACAUCAAGAAUGGAGAUCUCUCAGAGGCUGCUAUGUGUUACAUCCAUGUUGCUGCACUGGUGGCAGAAUACCUCAACAGGAAAAAGAUGUUCCCCAGUGGCCUGGCAGCCUUCAAGAGGAUCACUCUGAACAUCGAAGAGGAGGCCGCCAUGAAGGAAGACACAGGAAUGCAGGAUGUCUACUACACAGAGGAGGUCUUAGUGGAGCGUCUAGAGCUCUGUGUAGAGGGGCUGUGGAAGGCAGAGAGAUACGAGCUGAUUACACACGUCGCCAAGCUCAUUAUCCCUGUCUACGAGAAACGCCACGAGUUCCAGAAACUGAGCCGUCUGUAUGACACGCUGCACAGAGCCUACAAUAAGAUCCUGGAGGUGAUGCAUACAGGCCGGAGACUACUGGGGACCUACUUCAGAGUGGCCUUCUACGGGCAGGGCUACUUCGAGGAGGAGGACGGUAAGGAGUAUGUGUACAAGGAGCCCAAACUCACUGGCCUAUCAGAGAUCUCUCAGCGCCUUCUAGGGCUCUACGGGGACAAGUUUGGAACGGAAAGCGUCAAGAUCAUCCAAGACUCCAACAAGGUCAACCCCAAAGACCUAGACACCAAGUUCGCCUACAUCCAGGUCACCUUCGUCAAGCCUUACUUUGACGAGAAGGACUGUCCAGAGAAGAAGACAGACUUUGAGAAGUGCCACAACAUCAACCGCUUUGUGUUCGAAACGCCAUACACGCUGACGGGGAAGAAACAUGGUGGGGUGGAGGAGCAAUGCAAGAGGAGGAGCGUACUCACAACGGCCAACACGUUUCCGUACGUGAAGAAGCGUGUGGAGGUGUUGGGGGAGAAGCAGGUAGAGCUGAAGCCUGUGGACGUGGCCAUCGACGAGAUGCGGGCGCGCACCGCCGAGCUGACCAAACUCUGCUCCUCCCAGGAGGUGGACAUGAUCCAGCUGCAGCUCAAACUGCAGGGCUGUGUCUCUGUACAGGUUAACGCUGGUCCGAUGGCGUACGCCAGAGCCUUUCUGGACGACUCCAAAACCAGCAAGUCCAACAAUAAGAAAGCCAUGGAGCUCAAGGAGAUAUUCAGGAGGUUUGUGGAAGUCUGCAGCAUGGCUCUGGACAUCAAUGAGCGUCUGAUCAAGGAGGACCAGUUUGAGUACCACGAGGGCCUGAAGGGCAACUUCAAAGACAUGGUGAAGGAGCUGUCGGACAUCAUCCAUGAACAGAUUUAAGAAAUGCCAGAUCUUCCAGGAGGAUAUGAUGCGUUCACUGCUCCAGAACUCCUUACACGUAUUCCGUGCCAUCAGUGGGACGUCUACAGACCUGGGCUAAAGUGACUGUAACACAGAGUAGAGCUACCCCCCCCCCACACACACACACACACACACACACACACCCUCUGCUAGUUGGAUCCAAACUGGACUUGUCGACUCCCUCGCUCCACACCACAAACUGGAAACCUGUUUAUAAUGUACUUUGGGAUGAGCACUGUUCAGUAUGACUUGGCAUAUUGGCCUUGUUAUUCCCAUUUGCCUUCUCAAACAUCCUGAAUAGUAUAACUGAGCUCACCGAGAUGUCUGAUACGACGGCUGUGUGCUAGCAGUAUUUGGAGAAUGUAUUAUGUACUACCGAUAUUACGAAAUUGAUCAAAUGUCAGGUCUUGCUGUUGAGUCAUGUAUUAGGUGACCUUGCACUUUUUUCUCUUCAACUACAAGAUUCUUGAAUGACUUGUAUUCUUUAAUGGCGAGGGGGAGAUGUUAUUUUGUAAUGUUUUAUUUGUUUAAAUUCUGGACUGUUGCAACUCAAAGCUCUAUGCAGAUUGACUUAAUCUCUCCAAUCAAAGGCAGUGUUGACCAUUCAAAUAGAAACGGUCUCUAUAGUGUUAACACUUUACCACUGCAGAUAUUAGCCUACCUACCUUCUAAAGAGAUGAGUCACGUACGGUAUGUGGAUUAUCUGGGUGUGUUCAGUAGGGAUGGAGCGUUUUGAAACAGGGUGAAACAGGGCGGUACUACUACCUGAAUUUGUCCAAUAAAAACACAGAUUAUUGUGUUACGCUGCAAACCAUUUUGCUACGGUGUGCCCUGCUGAACACGACCCAGGUAAUGGCUGCCUUUUGUCCAUAAUCAAUGCAAAGCUGUUGUUUUCCUUGCACACUGCAUCAAAUGGUUGCUUCAGAGAGCAAACGCAUUACACUUAAGUGCUGGGAGUCUAUUCUGCAAUGGUCUAAGGUGGCUUAUAUGUUUUAGGAUCAAACAAACAGUAACCCAUCGGUUGUCUGUAUUACUCUAUAAGAAAGCUGUACAGUAAGGUUUAAUGCCGUAUACUCUAUGAUGUCAAAGUGUCAGUCUCUCUGUAAUAACCCAAUGCUCAGACAGUUUCUUCAGUUGUUGAACUGUUGUCGUAUGCUCUGAUAUGGGGUGUGUUCUCUGACAUUAAGUCAAUGAUGAUUGAUUAGCCUGGUCCCAGAUCUGUUGGUGCUGUCUUGCCAACUCAUAGGCUGCGUUUACACAGGCAGCGUAAUUCUGAUCUGAUUGGUCAAAAGACCAAUUAUUGUGGGACCAGGCUGUUGAUUUUGAUUGAUGUCUCUAUCACAGGGGUAUUCAAAUCUUACCUUACAAGGUCCGGAGUACUACUGGUUUUCUGUUCUGCCUGAUCAUUCAUUGCACCCGCCUGGUAUCCCAGGUCUAAAUCAGUCCCUGAUUAGAGGGGAACAAUGUAAAAAAAAUUAAAAAAGCAGUGGAACUGACUUUGGGGUUCAGAUUUGAAUAUGAGGGAUCUAUCAGCUGGCUGGACCUAUUGAGGGAUCUAUCAGCUGGCUGGACCUAUUGAUCCACUAGUCCCUACAUCUCUCCUCAGAAAAGUCUCCUGUCCUAUUUCAAGUAAUAAUACAACUCCAAAACAUGCUGAUUGUACAGUAUUUCACAAGUGCUACACUGAAAUGAGCAGAUAGAUGAUAAUAAUAUGCAGAUGUAUAUAAUAUGUUUUGCUGUAAAAGAAGAAAGGCGUGCGUGCGUGCGUGUAGCUACAUAUUUAUAGUUGUGCUGUUUCUGGACCAAUACAUGGUUGCAUUGGUUUGAGAAUAGUCGUAUUUCUCUGAUUGUGUCUGAUUUUGAUUUGCCAUUGUAAUUACACUGUAUCUAAGUACAGAUGCUUGUUCAACAUAUCUUUGUUAAGCCAUUUUUCAAUAAAAAACAAUGUUUUGCGAAAAA